ACAUUCACCCCCCCCACACUGCUGCAUCAGUCGUGCGUCUGCUGGUGUUUUUUUUUUUUGUUCACGUGAAAUGUUAUUUUGUUUUCGUCAAGAAAAACAAAAAACAUAAAAAAAAAAAAAAAUGAGUUAUUUCUAUAAAUUUAAAAUCUCUGCUUGAGUUCUUUGCAAUAAUUUUCCCUGCAGCACGCGGUAGUGUUGGUCGUUGAAGAAUGGACGCGGACGUAUCGAAAAGGUGAAAUGAGUUGAUAAUGGAUUUUCAGCUUUGGUUAUUUGGUGACUAUUUCUGCUGUUAUCUUUGAAACUUAUGUUUUGAUCUUUACCUUUUGUUUUAUUUGUUAUCCUUUGUUCAAUCAAUUAUAUUAUCCUUAUUCGGCUAGCUCAAAUAUUUUUUUUUCCCAAUGGCGGAUCAGUUAAAUGAAACUAGCACUACAACCUCUAAUCAUGGUGAUACCUGGUCAAGUACUACAAAGAUACCAGCAGAUAGUGAUGUUCCUGAUAAUGUCCCUAAUGGUCAAGAAACUCAUAGUUUUGCUGAUCUAUUGAGUACUGCAUUCACAGCCACUGGACCUGUACCUAGUCCACCAGCAGAUACAGAAUCAAACAUGCAGUUAGGGAAUGAAAUGGAUUAUGACCCAUUAUUUGCUGAAGGAAGUGAUUUAGAGACUGAAGAUACACCUCAAGAGUUUUCUCCUUUAAACUCUGAUAUAUGGCGGUAUGGAAAUACCCUUAUAGAGACACCUUGGUCUGUUCCGCGUACAGACGAUUCAUCCAGUCGAACUGUCAAUCAUCCAGUCCCAUCUACUCAGUCGUCUGAAAUGGGAAGAAAAAGAUCAUUAUUGUCCGGUGAUAACAAUUUACGAAUGAAAACUGGUAAACCUGAUACAAAUCGUCCAUUAACUUAUCCCCGACAUCAUCAAAUGUCUAACCGAAUGUAUAGACCACAACGUUUUGGUCCAGAUCAAAUGUCUUCAUCUGCAUAUACAUCUAUUAAUAAUCAAGGAAAUUAUAAAUAUACACAACGACCACAUUCUCAGAUACAUACUACUACAGCUCCAAGUGAUCAUUCUAUAGCAAGUUCUUCAAAUCAAACUAGAAUGAUAAAUCCUCAAACAUCAUCUGCUAAUGAAUUUCCUGUUUAUGGUACGGGAACUUCACAACCCAUUCGUUAUAGUAGUAAUGAUCCUCGUAUUAGACCUGAAUGGACAAAUGUGAUGGAUGCUGAUGAUGAAGAUAGUGGAAUAGAAUUAGUAACAGUCAACAACUAUCAACAAAGAAAUAUUAAUCAACUUCCAACUGGUCCACCCAUAGUAGAUUUAACUCAAGAAUCUGAAGAGAUUGCUGAUCCUUUGAUGAAUCAUUCAGGAAGAACACCUCAAGCUGAUAUAUCAAUGGGCCAUACAAUGUAUAACCGUUACCCAAUAAUUCAACCACAACGACAAUAUGUUGGUCAUUCUAGCUUGCGUUCUGUGCCUAAUUACAAUCAGCAAUUUCCUCCUAAUCCGUCCCCUCUUUAUCGAAAUGAUGUAAUUUUCAUGGACCAACCUCCUCAAGCUCCUUGUGUACACUCAACACACCCACCACCAGGAACUCCUGGAUGGCCACCUCUUUGCAAUCAGUGUCAUAAUACUUCAAGGGUUGUUUUUGGAAUGGGUAGUCAUAUACAUCCAGCACACCACCACCAUCAUGGUAUGAUGGCUACACAUCCAAUUCCUCCAUGUGUACCUUCAAAUGUACCUUUAUAUCAUCAAAGACUAUGGUACAAUCAACAUAGAAUACAAGAAAUGCAGAGAAGAAGAAUGGAUAUGAUGAAUGGUUCUGUGCGAUCAAUAAGAAGUAUACCACCAGUUUCAUGUAUGCAGGGAUAUCAACAACCUCCUCAAGCAACACCUGUUCAUCCAUCAAUCCAAACAAUUCAUACUGUGUUGCCCUCACCUCAACAACCAAAUGUGUUCAGCCGACCAGAAGUUAUUACUUCACGUAGGCUUGGUCCUACUGCCGUUAUUACCUUAUCUCCUCCAACUGAUGGAAUAGAACAAGUACCUCCAUCUUCAUUACAGACAGAAAUUGUGGUCCAAAGUGGUUCUUCAAGCGACGGUAGUCAUCCUCAUAUUCAUCAUUAUUAUAAUUAUCAUCCUCCUGGUCGAAUGCACCAUGUACGCAUUAGUAUUGGAGCGCCGUCAGGCACUAUUGUUAAUGCAACUCCGGGCUCAACAAUACCAUCCCAGCCAAAUGCUGAUAUACCUCAAAUACCACCACAAAUAGGAGCAUUACCCAUGUUAACACGACACUUAUCGUAUCGACUAGAAGAUUACUUACGAUUAAUGGAACAACGUCGUAUUCACAUGAUGAACCGUGGUGCCUCUAAAGACACAAUAGAAAAGAAUACUUUUCCUCAUAAAUAUAAACGUAUUAAGAGAUCUUCAGAUGAAAUGGAAGAUAACACGGAGAAGUGUACUAUUUGUCUUUCAGAUUUUGAGGAUACUGAAGAUGUAAGGCGUUUACCGUGCAUGCAUCUGUUUCAUAUUGAGUGUAUAGAUCAAUGGUUGUCAUCUAACAAGCGAUGUCCAAUAUGUCGUGUAGACAUUGAAACCAAAGAAACUAAGGAUGCUGCCUCUGGCUCACCUUUAUCAUCUGAAAAUCCAUUUAUUGUACCGACUUGACACGAAGAACUGGUGGUUUUACCACCAGCUAACUCGUGUUCCACCUCUUCCUCUUGAAUCAUGUGUAAAAAAGAAAGAGGGAGGAAAUGAUUGUUUUGCUGUAAUAGUAUUCCACUGCUAAAUAUUAUACUUCUAAAGGUUUUAUUGUAACCAUUAAAUUAAAUUUGUUACCCUCACCAUACACACUUUAGGGUCUUGCGUGUGAUAAAAUAUGAAAGAAAAAAAUCAAUCACACUAGUGUGCGCGAGCUUUUCCAUUCAUAAUGUGAUAAUUUUUUCGUUUUUUUUUUUAAGCAUUUUGCAUGUUUUCGUUUUUGGUAGAACUUAUAACUUAUGUGUUUUAUCUGUCGUGCAAUUAAUUCUCCCUACUCCUUUGCCCUUUUUUAAAGAAGCGUGAUGGGCA